AUGGCCGUCACCACACCCACGGUGGCCCCAUCGCCUUCCUAUUCUUGCCCGUCGUGCAAGGGCACCGGGAGCAAGCCUUCUCCCGUCCACUCCUCUUCUUCAUCUCCGUUCCCCUCCAAGGGAUACAGCCAACAAUCACCACCAAAAAACAAAAGAAACAACAAUAAUUCCACCUCGAAGCGUUCCGACGGCGACCUCUUCUCGACCCCCAUCAGCCCCGAACUCUCCAUCCCCAAAUCCAUCCCCUCGCAACCAAACCACCCCGCCCCUCGCAAGGGCAUCAAGCAGUCUCAAGAGGGCGGCGGUACCGCAAUCCCAACCAACAAAUUCCACGCCAACUUCUUCCUCGGCUCGCAAUCCUCCACCGUCUGGACGCACCCAUACUCGCUGCAGUGGGCCAAGGGGCAAGGAAGCUCCGGCGCCUGGGGUCUGGCUGUUUCCCAUGCGGAUGCGAGCCAGCGCGUCUUUGGCGAGCAAGAUCCUAAUGGGAGCGGAGCGGCUCGGUGGUUCGGGAGUCCCGUGGGAAGAGCGGACGUGGUUCUCUCUGAACAGGGCCUGGAAAAGGGGAAUGCGACGGGCGGUGUAGAGCUCAUGACGCAGGAUGUCAAGGAGCAAAGCAUCCGUGUGCAGCUGGUUACGGGAGGAGACGUGAAGUUGGAGGCGCCCGUGGUGCAGGGGAUGGGAAUGGUGACUGCGUUGUAUAAGCAGGGUACUCCGGUGAUCAAGUCCGGGGUUGGUUGGAAGAUGGUGACGCAGGCGAUGGGCGUGGUGAAGACGGGUGUGGUCAAGUAUCGGCUGGUGAUGGAGGAUGGCGCCACUUGGUUGCUCUAUGCGACGGGCGGUGAUGUGGGUGCCAUCAAGAGGGGAGAGCCGGGAGGAUUGGAGUUGGAGGUGCAAGGAAAUAACGUGGCUGUUGCGAAGGGCAGUUUCACGGGUAUGGUGCAGGUUGCAAAGUUGCCGGGUGGUGCCAAUGGGACCGAGGGAGUAGCUGAUGCCGAGAAGUUGUACGAUGCUGCUUGCGGCACGUAUGCCACUGGUGUUGAGCUCUCCGGGUCCGUGGAUGGGCAAGCGGGUCGGUAUACCUUCAACUUCCAAAAGGAAGGACUUUCCACCAACUCUAGCCUCGUCAUGUUCGCUUUGCCUCACCAUCAGGCAUCCUUCAGCGCCGACACGGCUUCCAAGGUGGUCUCCUCUGUCAAGCUCGACACCACCACCAAGGGGGUUGCCGUUGCUGUGGUUGGUGACCAAUGGACAAUGGAAGAGGACGUCAGCAAGCCCAUGAGCAUGGGGUUCGUCCCUUGGACGCCCGAGACAGGCUCUGUCAAGACCAUUAGCGACUCGGCAAAGGAGUACAUCAAGACUGUCGCUCAAAAGGAACUGCUGGGCACGUCGCAGGGCCAAGACAUACUCAACCAGACGGACCAGCCGAGUAUGUACUUUGGUGGCAAGGCAUUGGCCAAGUUUGCGGCGAUCUUGGUGGCUGUCAAUGAUGUGCUGGGUGAGACGGACAUGGCGAAGAAGGGAUUGGAACAGUUGAAGGUUGCGUUUGCAAGGUAUUCGGAAAAUCAGCAGCAGUAUCCGUUGGUUUAUGAUCAAUCCUGGGGCGGCAUCGUCUCCUCGGCCUCGUACACCACCGGCGACGCGGGCGUCGACUUCGGCAACACCUACUACAACGACCACCACUUUCACUACGGCUACUUCAUCUACACGGGCGCCGUUCUCGCCCACCUGGACCCCUCCUGGGCUUCAACGGCAUCCAACCUCGCCUACGUCAACUCCCUCGUCCGCGACGUCGCCAACCCUUCCUCCUCUCUCGAUCCUCACUUCCCCUCCUUCCGCACCUUCGACUGGUACCACGGCCACUCGUGGGCCCACGGCCUUUUCGAAUCCAGCGACGGCAAAGACCAGGAAUCCUCCUCGGAAGACUCCAUGCACGUCUACGCUCUGCUCAUGUGGGCCCAAGCCACCAACAACCAAGCGCUCUACCAGCGCUCUGCCCUGCAACUCUCUCUCCUCUCACGGUCGCUGAACUCUUAUUACCUCUACUCCUCUUCUAACCCUUCCUCACAGAUUCAGCCAAAGGAGUUUGUCGGCAACAAAGUAGCAGGGAUCCUGUUCGAGAACAAAAUCGACCAUGUCACCUUCUUUGGCAACAAGCAGGAGUAUAUCCAGGGUAUUCACAUGUUGCCCUUGAUGCCGCAUACUUUGUUUGUGCGCAACAGGGAGUUUGUCAAGGAAGAGUGGGAGGCGUUCUUUGCUGGUGGGGCGGCUGAAAAGGCGGAAGGAGGGUGGAAGGGGGUUUUGUAUGGGAAUUAUGCGACGAUUGAUCCCAGGGGAGCUUGGGAGGUGUUUACGGGCGGAAGUCAGCUUGUUGGUUCUCCUGGGAGUGGGAAUGGGAAUGGGAAUGGGACUACCGUUACGGGAACGGGAACGGGAACAGGAACGGGAAUGGUUGAGUCGAUGACGAGUACCGCGAGUACCGCCAGUACGACGACGACGCCGGGGUCGACUACUCCUACGUCAACCUCUGUGCCUACUACUCCUAGUGCCAUGUCAUCGAAGAUGGUGAGGAGGACGAUCAGGAGGGCGUUGGAAAAAGGCAAGGGGAAGAUGAAUAUGCCUCUUGCUCGCGCUGCCCUGCCAAAGGCGAAGAAGGAUGGAUUCGGCCCCGAGAACAUUGAUGGUGGCGCGAGUUUAACUUGGUAUUUGACUUGGUGUGCUACUCUUGGUGGACUAUGA